AUGGAGACCUGGUUUUGGAUUCUUGGCUGCGUCCUUUCCUUUCUUGCCAUCACUGGAAAUGGAUUUAUAAUCUUCCUCGUCUACAGCAGACGAAAUCUCCGCACCAAAACCAACGCGUUUAUCGUUUCACUUGCAGUAGCGGAUUUCUGCGUUGGUUUGAGCGUUGUUCCGUCUUCGUUCGCAUGCGACGUUACAAACACCUGUGACUGGCCUAAGGUUUUUCCUUCGUGGAUCGACGUCGUAAGGUGGCUGUUUAGCUACUUGUCCGUUUUAAACUUAGGUUCUCUGGUGCUCGACCGUUAUAUCGCCAUCGUGAAGCCUUUUAAAUACAUAACUUUUAUGACUCGAUCUCGUGUUAUUCAAGUGAUAACUUCCUGUUGGAUAGCGUCAUUUACGCUGGUUGCGUUCAAGACCGCACUUCGGCUUUGCUGUGAGACCCCUCUGACUAGUAUUGCUGCAGUUGUGGUUUUAAUGAUUUCCAUGGAAAUCUUUCCAUGCGUUCUGCAGAUAUUCUGUUUUGUGUCAAUGUUACUUCAUGUAUGGAAACGUGAUCGGUCAGCACGCACCCUAGCAAAACAGUUACGUUUUAACCACCGGAUAUCUUUUAAAACCCAUCACGAGAAGUCUGCAGUCAUAAUGAUGAGUAUUGUGAUAGGAGUGUUUGUUGUGUGCUACGGAAUAUAUUUACGUUGUAGUCUCGUAGUACUAUCCGACACAAAUGCAUCAUGUAAAGAUGAACAAUACAAAAUUCCUGUCUUGGUUUUAAACUCGGCCAUUAACCCACUGUCUUAUGCUUUUUUCAAAAGAGACAUAAAGAAAGUGUUUAAACGACUUAUC